AUGCUGCUGCUGGCGGCGCCGCUCCUGUUGCUUGGCGCGCACGACGGUCCGGCGUGGCAAGGCUCGCCGCAGGCGGACGGGCUCUACGCUGCCUACAACCAGCUCGCCGCCUUCUCGCAGCAGUGCCAGCUGCCGAUCAAGACGCCGCAGAUCGUGGUGGUGGGUCAGCAGACGGACGGCAAGUCCGCCCUCAUCGAGGCCCUGAUGGGCUUCCAGUUCAACCACGUCGGCGGCGGCACAAAGACGCGCCGGCCGAUUGCGCUGCAGAUGCAGUACCGCGCCGAGUGCGAGGAGCCACGCUGCUUCCUGUUCGAGGGCGGGCGCGAGCGGCAGGUGGGUCUGCAGGAGCUCAAGGCGUACAUCGAGGCGGAAAACUCGCGCCUCGAGGCGGAGGGCGCCUUCGAGGCGGAGGAGCUGAUCGUGCGGAUGGACUACAAGUACUGCCCCAACCUGAGCAUCAUCGACACGCCGGGACUCCUCGACUUUGAUUCCGCCGCCCAGUCGACGGCGCCCAGCGCCGCCACCAACGCGCGCGCGGUGCGCGAGCUCGUCGUCGCGCAGAUGUCGGCCGCGGAGCGCGUCAUUCUUUGCGUCGAGGAGACGCGCUGCUGGCAGAGCUCGGCGGUGCGGCAGCUCGUCGGCGAAGUCGACCCCACCUUCGGCCGCACCGUCGUCGUCUCGACCAAGCUCGACACCAAGCUCGCCCAGCUCUCGGGCACGUCGGACCUCCUCCACUUCCUCGCGGCGCGCCCUCUCCGGGAGUCGCACCCGCGGCUGCUCGGAGGCCCAUUCUUCACCUCGGUGCCUUCGGGGCGCGUGGGCAGCUCGCCGCUGCACGGAUUCGCCACUGACGGCGAGUACCAGGACGCGCUGGCGCGCACGGAGCACGCCAACCUCGAGUACUUGCGCGAGGUUGCGGCGCCCGCCGCGGACGCCGCCACGCAGCCGGGUGCGCGCUCUGCCGUGGGCAUCAGCAGGCUGCGCCGCUUCCUCGAGGACUUGCUGCGCGAGCGGUACCUGAUGAGCCUCACCUCGAUCAUCGGACAGCUGCAAGCGGCGCGCGAGCGAACCUCGCAGCAGAUGGCGCAGGCGGACGAGCUGCUCGAGGAGCUCGCGCCCAGCAGGCUGCGUGGGCUCUGCUCCAAGUACGUCUCCCUCUUCAUGGAGCGGUACGACCUCACCAUAGCGGGCACCGUUGCGACCGACACGGCGCCGAUCGGACAGACGCUCGCGCAGGAGCGCGCCGAGGCAGGCGCCCUCUGCAGCGACGCCGCGCUCGGCGCCGACUUCUCGGCGCUGGUGGGCGAGGGCGGCGCGGGCGCGAGGCUGUUUGGCGGCGCGCAGUUCCACCGCUUGCUGCGCGAGUUUGAGCUCGGCGUCCGCUCGCUGCCGUCGGUGCUAGUCACCGACGAACAGCUCUCCAACGCGCUCGGCGUCGACGCGCAGCACGACGCGCUCUGCUACGGGCGCGCCGUCUGCCAGGCGGCGAUGAGCCACUCGCUCAGCCAGCACCACGAGCUGCUCACGCGGCUCGCCUCGCGCGUGGAGCACGUCGUGGCGCGGAUGCUGCUUCACGCGGCAGCCACCGCCGACGAGGGCAUCUCCGCCGCCGCGGGGGCGGGCGCGCUGCGAGCGACCGCGCGCCGCUCGCGGAUGAUCAGCGAGACGAUUGGCGGCUUCCUUCGCCGGCCGGUCGAGGAGGCCUUCUCGUCGCUGCUGCGCGAGAGCUUGCGGGAGUGCAUGCAGGCAUGCUACACAGACAUCCGCUCUGUCGUCGCGCCUCGCGGCGGGGCGUCCGAGGUGUCUACCUUGUGGCCCAUCUUUGCCUCGCCCGCCAACGACGUCACAGAGGACGGCGAGGUGGCGAGCUGGGCGGUCGGGGGCUGGGUCGGGUCGGGGGAGAGCGCCGUGGACGCCCUCGUCACGCGCCUCGUCGGGGCGUGGCGGCGCCAGUUCGCUCUGGCAGUCAAGCGAAAGGUCCGCUACUUCCUCAUCAGCCUCGCGGAGCGGCUCCCAACGCACCUGCUCCGCAGCCUGCACACCAUGUGCGACGAGCCAACCUCGACGUCGUCGCUCGACGUGGCGAGCGCGCGCGCGGCGCUGCUCGAGCACAAGGCGGGGCUCGAGACCGAGCACGCGCGGGCGACGCAGUUGCUCGACCGCUUCUACAGCUUGCGCGGGCAGCUCGAGGAGGGGAGCCGAGCCGAUCGGCCAGCAGAGGCGCUCGCGGCUGGCCGGGGGUAG